AUGGAUGAAGUUAAAGAUGCUCAAUUAAUGCUUGCAUUAGUUUCUGAUAAUGCAUCGGGCUUAGUUUUAAUUGAACCCCAAUCUUCAGAUCUACAGGAGUCAGCAGAUCCUAGUAUGCCUGAUUUUGAUCCAUCUUCUGAGGACGAUUCUGAUUCUCCUUUUGCCUACGAGAAUGCCCCGGACAUAGUUACAUUUAAAUCCCAGUCUGUACGUGCUCCUGCUAUGGAUUUUCCGCAGCCAGCAGAUUCGGCUUUGUCUCCUCCUGAAAAGCCAAGCACAAGUUCUCGAUUUAGAAAAGUUACUGAGGAGCAACUGCAAUCAUAUCAGGAAAUGACUCAAUCCAAGAACACCAAAAAACACACCAGAUGGGGUGUAAAGAUAUUACACGAUUGGCAUUUGGAAACUUUCAACCAUAAUAUUGAUCUUUCAUCGGUGAGCACAAAAGAAUUAGCUGCCAAACUCAACCAGUUCUAUUGCGAAGCUAGACCUUGCAAAACACCAAAUGAAGAAUACCAUAAAAAUACUUUGAAAGGCAUACGCGCUGCAAUCAACCGAAGGUUAUCAGAUCUUGGAAGAGAUAUUGAUAUUGUCAAUGACAAAUCAUUCAAAACUGCAAACAAAUGCCUAACUGGCAUCCUGAAACAACGAAAGAAAGAGGGAACAUCUCGCCCCACAAAUCACAAGGAAGUAAUCUCAAAAGCGGACCUUCAAAAAAUUUCAGCUUUCCUGGAAACUGCAUAUUCCUCACCAAUUAAUCUGCGUUUGGCAGUAUGGUACAUUAUAGCAGUUCACUUUCUAUCACGAGGAUUUGAGUUUCAUUGUCAACUUGAAAGAGACUCGUUUGAGUUCAAAACCGACGAGAAUGGUAUGACCUAUGCCUGUCUUACUCAAGAAUCAAAGCGAAAAAACUAUCAAAGUAGGCUCGAUAAAAACGAAGUGAUGGCUGAUAAACGAAUGUAUGAAACACAAUCCACAAUUUGUCCUGUAAGAAUGCUAAAGUUCUUCCUUUCAAAAACCGUCAACAGUGCUUCAAAUUUGUUUAAUAAGUGUGUAAGAGAAGCACUCGUGAAUCCCACUCUUGAAUACUGGUAUACAGGUAAACCUUUGACGCAAAGAGCAUUUGUGAAUUUCUUACCUAGUAUUUGCAAAAUGGCAGGAUGCCAACGCUACACUGCACCUUGUCUCCGCGUGACAGCUAUCCAAAUUAUGAAUAAUGCUGGAGCUGAAGGGCGUCAGGUCAUGUACAUGUCCGGACAGAGGAAUGUGUCAUCCAACAAAAGCUACAACAAAGAGCUGUCUUCAAAUCAAGAGAAUGUGGCAAACCCGAUGUUGUCGAUCACCGAGGUCGAAAAUCCAGCCUCUGUCAACACUGAGACCAAAGGGGGAGACAGAGUCACAAACACCCGGCCUCUAUCAUCUGAUGUAGAAAUCGUACCAUGUGCUCUGCCCUGA